AUAGACCUACGUGUGCCUCAUACUAAAAUGCGGUGAAUACUGCAACAGCUCGGUCUCCUUUACAAAGCCUUCCUUCGCUCGCUGAUUUAGCCUCAAAGCUGGCCUAUAAGUAAUCCCAUCGCCAUCGUAGUGCUGGCGCCCACUUUCUCUUUUCUAAAACACUACGUACACCAACCGAGAACGGUUCCGAACUUCCAGCCAGGCGUAGUGCACCAGGCGUUGCAUAUAUAAAUAUUUUGCCCCUCGUGGCUAUCUGAAGCAUGUCCAUCAUAUCUGGCAUUGUAUCAAGCGUCUUGGAAAGGACGAAGCCCGUAGCUCUGGGAAAUGUCGAACUUCCUCUCAUGGAAGGUGAGGCGCUGGCAGUCACCAAGGUCGAUGGCAACGGUAGCUUUGGAAAAUGUGAACUACGAAUAGAAGGCAUGACAUGUGGUUCAUGUGUAGAGUCUAUUGAAGGCAUGCUCAGGCCGCAAGCUGGCAUACAUUCCAUCAAAGUUGCACUUCUUGCCGAAAGAUGUGUGGUCGAGUAUGACCCCUCAGUAUGGACACCAGAGGAGAUUGUCAAUGAAAUUUCAGACAUAGGAUUUGAUGCCACUGAAAUACCAAUAGCGCGGUCUGAUAUGAUCACACUGCGCAUAUAUGGCAUGACAUGUGAAACGGGGCUGCGUGGGAUGCCAGGGGUGACAGCCAAGAUAGAAUUUGAACCAAGCCUCGUUGGCCCUCGGGAAAUCGUCGAACGCAUAGAAGAUAUGGAUCAAGAGGACGCGACGCAAAAACAAUCACUUGCCCGAACCAAAGAGAUCCAAGAGUGGGCCAGUCGCUUCAAAUGGGCGCUCACAUUCGCCGUCCCAGUAUUUUUCGUCAGUAUGAUCGCUAUGCAUGUACCAUUCCUUCGACCCCUCGUCGGUUUUCAUCUAUUCAACGGUAUCUAUCUCGGUGAUCUUAUUCUUCUUGGCCUUACGACUCCUGCACAAUUCUGGGUCGGUCGGAAGUUCUAUCGGAAUGCGUUCAAGGCACUUAAACAUGGUACCGCGACCAUGGACGUCUUGGUUAUGCUCGGAACCUCUGCGGCUUAUUUUUAUUCGUUAUUUGCCUUACUCUUUGCGGCGUUCAACACCACGCCUGACUACCGUCCUUUCAUUUUCUUCGACACAAGUACCAUGCUCAUCAUGUUCGUAUCCCUCGGGCGUUAUCUCGAGAACCGCGCAAAGGGAAAGACAAGUGCUGCUCUGACAGAUCUCAUGGCCCUCACACCCACCAUGGCCACAAUCUACACGGACUCUCCGACAUGUACGCAAGAGAAACGCAUUCCUACGGAGCUGGUGCAAGUGGGGGAUACUGUCAAACUUGUUCCCGGAGAGAAAGUGCCCGCUGACGGGACGGUUAUUCGAGGAUCAUCCACCGUGGAUGAAAGCGCCGUCACUGGUGAACCGGUUCCGGCGUUGAAACAACCUGGAGACAGCGUCAUUGGGGGCACUGUCAAUGGCCUUGGGACUUUCGACAUGCUGGUGACACGUGCGGGCAAAGACACGGCGCUUGCACAAAUCGUCAAACUCGUCGAAGAGGCACAGACGUCCAAAGCACCGAUUCAAACAUUUGCGGAUCGUGUUGCAGGCUUCUUUGUUCCCGCCGUCAUCUCGCUCGCAGUAUUCACAUUUGCUACGUGGAUGGUGAUUUCAAAUGUCAUUAGCGAGGAUGCGCUCCCAGCUAUGUUCCACCGCCAUGGCGCAAGCCGGUUAGCAGUUUGUUUGCAGAUGUGCAUAUCAGUGGUGGUGGUCGCAUGCCCGUGUGCUCUAGGAUUGAGUACGCCGACUGCCAUCAUGGUUGGCACGGGUGUGGGUGCAAAGAACCAGAUCUUUAUCAAAGGUGGCAGGGCACUGGAAGCUAGUCGGUCGAUCAAACGGAUUGUGCUGGACAAAACAGGCACCGUCACGCAGGGGAAACUCACUGUUGCGGGUAUGACAUGGAUGCCCCCGCGCAAUUCCUCUGAGCUGUUACCUGAUGACAACGUCGGCUCUCAAUCUCUCUCGUUCAAAUGUGCUGAUGGCAUUACUACGCGCGCAACUAUCAUAGCAAUGGUCGCUGCCACGGAGGGCAAGUCUGAGCAUCCUCUGGCGAAGGCAAUCGCCGCUCAUGGCAAGAGUCUACUUGCCGGUGCUGAUGUCCAAUCACCAGCAUUGGACAUCAAGUCUUUCGAGAGCGUGACCGGCGCUGGUGUGAAAGCUCUCAUCUCAUCAUCUGGUUCCAAUUAUACUUUAUACAUCGGAAAUGCACGGUUUAUCGCGCAAUCCAAUGUUGUACAACUCCCUUCCAUUUUGACGAAUUACGAGGCUCAAGAGACCAAGCUCGUUUCUUUAUCGGACGCCCCCAAGCCCUCGUCUGCGCAGGCAGUCAAGGCACUACAGAGCAUGGGCAUUGAGGUGAAUAUGAUGACCGGUGACGGGAUGGUCACAGCUCUGGCGGUUGCCAAACAAGUGGGGAUCAGGUCCGAUGGUGUCUGGGCCAACAUGAGUCCCAAAGGCAAGGCGUCCCUUGUAACCGAUCUCAUCAAGCAGGGCAAUGGCGGUGUAGCAAUGGUCGGUGAUGGCAUCAAUGACUCACCCGCCCUUGUGGCUGCCACAGUCGGCAUCGCCCUCUCCUCAGGGACCUCCGUAGCUAUAGAAGCUGCCGACAUCGUUCUCAUGCGUUCUGAUCUCCUCGACGUCGUCGCUGCGCUAUACCUUUCGCGCAGUAUCUUCUCGACGAUCCGACGAAAUCUUGUCUGGGCGUGUAUAUAUAAUGUACUUGGGAUUCCGCUUGCGAUGGGCGUGUUCUUACCCUUUGGGCUGUAUAUGCAUCCGAUGCUGGCAGGUGCCGCAAUGGCGUUCUCGUCGGUGAGCGUAGUGACGAGUUCCCUGAUGCUGCGAUGGUGGCGACGGCCAGUGUUGAGCGUGAUGCCCGGGGAGAUGGUCCCUGGGGAGACAUUGUUCGAGAGCGGGAUGAAUGUGUUGGAUGAUAUGUGGGAUUCGGUGAAGGGAUUGGUGAGGAGGCGGAGGGUGGAUGAGGGGUAUAGCCAGCUUUCGAUGGAAAUGUCGGAUAGUGUUUGAGUAAGAUAGGAAUAAGUUGGAAGUUCGGUUGUAUGUGUACUACUUGAUGUUGACUUGAUGUAUACCUAGUUUUUCUUCGUGUAGUGACUAUCGUAUUCAAGUUAAAUUU